ACAUACGAUCAACCAUAACUGAACGACGAUGUCCAGAAGGCAGCUGGGCACGUACGGGCUGACGGUACCGGAGGACACACAACGCAACCCUCAAAGACAGCAGAUACGAGGGAUGAAAAAACAAGAAAGCAGUGAGAUAUCUGGGAAUCUUGUGCGGGAAUCCUGUGCGGAAAACCGGAAAUGAAUGAAAUGAACUUGAGUCCUGUAGGGAUGGACCAGCUGACCUCCUCCUCUGUGAGCAAUGCCCUGCCAGUCUCAGGAAGUCACUUGGGCUUGGCAGCAUCACCCACUCACAACGCCAUACCAGCACCAGGCUUGCCUGUUGCAAUUCCAAACCUGGGCCCCUCCUUGAGCUCCUUGCCCUCUGCUCUGUCUCUGAUGCUCCCAAUGGGUAUUGGGGAUCGAGGAGUGAUGUGUGGUAUACCAGAGAGAAACUACACCCUACCUCCACCACCAUACCCUCACCUGGAGAGCAGCUAUUUCAGACACAUUCUACCUGGUAUCUUAUCUUACUUGGCUGACAGACCACCACCUCAGUACAUCCAUCCCAACACUAUAAAUGUUGACAGCAAUCCAGCAUUGUCGGUCUCCAACAAUCCCUCAGCCCUGGAUCCCUACCAGCCCAGUGGGACCGUGGGGCUGGAGCCAGGGAUUGUCUCCAUGGACUCCCGCACAGUGAACACACACGGUCCUCAAAAUCUGCAUGCUAGUGACAGCCACGAGGUAGCGCUGGAUACUACAAUCACCAUGGAGAGCGUUUCGAGGGUAACCAGCCCCAUCUCUACAGAUGGGAUGACAGAGGAGCUUACAAUGGAUGAUGUAGGCGGGGAUCACACGCAGAUCCCGAACGGCUCCCGGAGCCACGAACCUUUAGCCGUAGACACAGUGGGGAGUAACUUGACAUCAGACGCUGUGGGACACGGCGGUGUCAUUCCCAUUCACGGUAGCACUUUGGAACUCCCUGUUGUCAUGGAGCCCGACCACAUUGCCGGGCGGGUGACAGGGAUAUCGGACAGCACACUAAAUGACCCCAUUCAUACUGUGGCCAUGAGCACCAACUCUGUGAGUGUGGCGCUCCCUACCUCACACAACCUCGCUUCCCUGGACUCAGUAGCCUUGCAUGAAGUGGGCCUCAGCCUGGAACCCGUGGCAGUGUCUUCCAUAAGUCAGGAAGUACCCAUGGGGCCAAGCCAUGUGGAUGUGUCUGCAGACAAUCUUGCCUUUGUACCAUCGUCUCUGCAAAUGGAAGACUCCAAUUCCAACAAGGAGAACAUGGCAACCUUGUUUACCAUAUGGUGCACGCUGUGUGACAAGGCGUAUCCGUCAGACUGCCCAGACCACGGGCCCGUCACCUUUGUCCCCGACAGCCCAAUCGAGAGCCGAGCCAGGCUGUCCCUCCCGAAGCAGCUGCUCCUCCGGCAGUCUAUCAUGGGAGCUGAAGCGGAUUUUGGUCUUGUAAUGAUAGGUGUGUGGACACGAGAAACCAUUCCUGUGAGGACUUGUUUCGGACCUUUGAUCGGGCAGCAGAGCCACUCCCUGGAGGUGGCCGACUGGACAGACAAAGCAGCCAGUCACAUCUGGAAGAUCUAUCACAAUGGUGUCCUGGAGUUCUGCAUCAUCACAACUGAUGAAAAUGAAUGUAACUGGAUGAUGUUUGUACGCAAAGCCAGGAACCGGGAAGAGCAGAACCUGGUCGCUUAUCCUCAUGAUGGAAAAAUUUACUUUUGCACCUCUCGGGACAUCCCCCCUGAACACGAGCUUCUGUUCUAUUACAGCCGGGACUAUGCACGACAGCUUGGUGUCCCUGAGCAUCCAGACGUGCACAUCUGCCACUGCGGGAAGGAAUGCGCUUCCUACGCCGACUUCAAGGCCCAUUUGAGCAGCCAUAUUCACAACCACCUCCCCAGUCAGGGGCACAGCAGCAAUCACGGGCCAGGCCACGGCAAGGAAAGGAAAUGGAAGUGCUCCAUGUGCCCCCAGGCUUUCAUCUCCCCUUCCAAGCUGCACGUGCACUUCAUGGGGCACAUGGGCAUGAAGCCGCACAAGUGCGAUUUCUGUAGCAAAGCUUUCAGCGAUCCAAGCAACUUACGGACACACCUCAAGAUCCACACAGGUCAGAAGAAUUACCGCUGCACCCUCUGUGACAAAUCCUUCACGCAGAAGGCUCACCUGGAGUCGCACAUGGUCAUCCACACGGGGGAGAAGAACCUCAAGUGUGAUUACUGUGAGAAGCUCUUCAUGCGGAGGCAGGACCUCAAGCAGCAUGUCCUCACUCACACACAAGAACGGCAGAUCAAGUGCCCCAAGUGUGACAAACUGUUCCUGAGGACAAAUCACCUGAAGAAGCAUCUCAAUUCACAUGAAGGAAAGAGGGACUAUGUCUGCGAAAAAUGCUCCAAAGCUUAUCUGACCAAAUACCACCUCACUCGACACUUAAAAAUAUGUAAAGGCCCCACAUCCAGUCUGUCAGCCCCAGAGGAGGAAGAGGAGGAGGAUUCAGAGGAGGAAUUAAUAGACUCCAUGAGGACUGAAGACUGUAGGAUUAACAACGGAGUCUAUUCAACAGGUGAUGUGCUCUCUGGACACAAAUGAAGAAGAGAGGGAAACUUUCUUGGAUAUUAGGGAAGGAAAAAAAAAACCCUCUUCCUUCUUUCCUCAGUCACCAGUGUAUGUCAGGUGAGGA